UUCCCUUUGCGCCAGAGCCCCCACCCCGUUUUUUGCCGAGAAAGACUUGUCGAUUCUUGGUCGACUCUUGUUCCUAUACCAAGGCGAAAUACGAUGAGCUUCGGUAUUUCUUCUCUGGCUUGUCGCCUUGGCGCCGAGUUUUCGCGGUCAGUGCGGGUAUACCGGAACGCCAUUGACGUAGUUGGCCCGGCAAAAGAUGGGGGACUUCACGCAGGGUUUUCC